AUGUAAUAAUACACAAACAAUUACGAAUCAGUUGUCAGAACCUAAGUAGUUAGCGGAUAAGACCAAAAACCACUCAAUUUGGGACUAACCGACGUUGAAGGAGCAAAGGCUGUUGCCAGAAGACUCUUUGAUACUUAUGACAGAGACAGAAAUGGAUAGAUUGAUAAUGUAGAGGUCGUACCAAUGAUAGUGGAUGUCUAUAAAUCAUUCAACAGAAUCUUCUCACCAGCCAGAGGAGACAUUGAUUCAUUUUAUAAGGUUUUGGAUAGAAAUCAAGAUGGCAAAAUCACAUAUCAAGACUUGGAAGAUUUAUGCAUUAGAUAUUUGACCAAUUAAACUCCAACAAAUUUGAGAGCAUCAGAAGCCCCUCGUUAAAGUGGAAUCUAAUAAACAUCAUAAACAGUCACAUCAUCCUACAGAAGAACCCAGUAUUGAUUGUGAUUCUUAAUAAAACAUAAAUAUUAUAUAAUCUACGUGCC